AUGCAAUCUGAAAAACCAACAGCCUCCGAGCCGUUUCCGUGGGAGAUCGGGGUCUUCGAUGCCCACUGCCAUCCAACGGAUACGAUGUCGUCCAUCGAUGAUAUCAAGGCCAUGAAAGCUGCCACUCUGACGGUGAUGGCGACUCGCGAACAGGACCAAGAACUGGUCUCCCAGGUUGCACUACAGUUCAAGGGUUCGAACCAGAGCAGUGAGCAAGACUCGGAUGCAUGCAACGAUCGCGUUAUCCCUUGCUUCGGAUGGCAUCCGUGGUUCUCUCACCAGAUAUUCGAUGAUACCAAGCAUGACGAGCCCAGAGACGGCGAAUAUCUCGCAUCAAUGAAAAUCGAGCAUUAUAAAAAUGUACUUGCGCCGUUGAUCGAUGACGAAGACCUGUUACACGAGCUACCUGUCCCAUGCUCUCUUGUGGACUUAGUCUCAAGGACCAGAGCGAGGCUGCAAAAGCACCCCUAUGCGCUUGUUGGAGAGAUUGGCCUUGACAAAACGUUCCGAAUACCAAAAGCAUGGAGCUCAGCAGGCAGCGAUGGGAAUGAGAAUACAGCUUCCAGUGACUCAUCCAUAACCCCUGGAACAAGAAAUGGAAGAGCACUCUCACCAUAUCGUGUAAAAAUGGAUCAUCAACGAGCUGUUAUCAAGGUCCAGCUACGAUUAGCAGGAGAACUACAACGGCCUGUAUCGCUUCAUAGCGUCCAGGCACAUGGCGCUAUUAUCGAAGUGCUACAGGAGCUUUGGGCCGGAUAUGAAAAGAAAGUCAUAUCCAAUCGGCAGCGGAAGAGAGGUUCUAGUGUUCCCAGAGCUCAUGAAGGGGAAGAUGUAUCACCGACUCACUCGAAUGAGGGAAGCGAUUCCGAUAAAAUAGAAACCAAACCCAAACCCUUCCCACCACGAAUAUGCAUGCAUUCUUAUUCAGGGCCAGUCGAUCCGCUAAAUCAAUUCUUCCAUCCCAAGGUUCCUGCGGAUGUAUAUUUUUCUUUUUCGGCCGUCAUCAAUUUUCCCGAUGGUGCCAAUGCAAAAUCCUCCAACGUGAUCAGCGCCUUACCAGAAGAUAGGAUACUGGUCGAAAGCGAUAUACAUUGUGCAGGUCAGCGGAUGGACGACCUUUUAGAACAGAUAGUGAGGCAAGUGUGUGAUAUCCGUGGUUGGUCUUUGGAAAGGGGGACUCAGAUACUUGCUGACAAUUGGAAACGAUUUGUAUUUGGUUAA